UUGUUGAUAGAAAAACAAACGCUUCCAAAACUCAUCAGUUACAAAAACCGCAGAAAUCAGUGGAAGUGGGGAUAGUGACAGGGGUGACUGCCUAGUCCUCUCUCUCUCAUCUUUCUCUCUCUACAUAUAUAUUGGAUACUUGUGGGUGAUUUUGUUAUGGUAAAAGUUAAUUACAGGUCCAAGAUUUAAUCUUUCCAAAAUCAAGCCGAUAUCUUGAUAAUCUUUUGGCAGCCGUUUAUGAAAUUUUUGGUGCACUAAUGGCUGUCCUUGGCUUCCAUAACUGAUGCUCUUUCUCUAUAUAUAUAUUUCAAACCACCACAUUUCCUCCUUAAAACCAGUUUCCAAAUCCCCAUUAUAUAUAUACGUAUAUACGUGUGUGUGUAUAUACUAUAUAACCCACAAACAACAACACAAGGUCAAAACCCAUAUAAAUAUAUCAGUCACUCUUCUUGUUUGCUUGCUGUUUCUCUCGUGGGACUUAAGCUUCUUCUGCUGAUCAAGUGAUCAUAAAAACAUUUAGUAGCUUUCUUCUAGCUACUUCCCAACUCAGGACAGAACUACUAGUGUGCGUGUGGCUGAAGAAUUAGAGGAGGAAAAUGGAGUACGGCAGCGGACGCGGUGGCUCUAGUGGCGGAGACCACCACGACGACUCCUCCGGCUCUCAAAGAAGGAAGAAGCGCUACCACCGUCACACUGCUCACCAGAUUCAGAGGCUUGAAGGAAUGUAUAAGGAGUGCCCUCACCCGGAUGAAAAGCAGAGGAUGCAGUUGAGCAGAGAGUUGGGUUUGGCUCCUCGCCAGAUAAAAUUUUGGUUUCAAAACCGCAGGACCCAGAUGAAGGCGCAAAACGAAAGAUCGGACAACUGCGCACUUCGAGCAGAGAACGACAAGAUCCGAUGCGAAAACAUUGCAAUCAGAGAGGCCCUCAAGAAUGUCAUUUGCCCCUCUUGCGGUGUACCUCCACUCAACGAAGAUUCCUACUUUGAUGAACAGAAAUUGCGAAUGGAGAAUGCCCAAUUGAAACAAGAGCUAGAUAGAGUGUCUAGUAUUGCUGCAAAAUACAUUGGGAGGCCAAUUUCCCAGCUCCCACCAGUGCAGCCUAUUCAUAUUUCGUCUUUGGACUUAUCAAUGGCAAGUUUUGGGGGCCAUGGAUUGGCUGGCCCUUCUCUUGAUCUUGAUCUACUUCCGGGGAGUGCUUUAUCUACCAUGCCCAAUUUGCCUUACCAGCCUCCUGGGUUUUCGGACAUGGAUAAGUCCCUCAUGACUGACAUUGCCGCAAAUGCCAUGGCAGAGUUGCUUAGGCUUCUGCAGACCAAUGAUCCUUUGUGGAUGAAGUCUUCUACUGAUGGGAGGGAUGUUCUUAAUCUUGAAUCCUAUGAGAGGAUUUUUCCGAGGGCUACUAGUCAUUCGAAAAACCCCUAUGUCAGAAUUGAAGCAUCACGAGAUUCUGGUGUGGUUAUCAUGAGUGGUUUAGCAUUAGUUGACAUGUUUAUUGACCUGAACAAAUUUGCGGAGCUGUUUCCAACAAUUGUCUCAAUGGCAAGAACAAUCGAAGUAAUAUCACCUGGAAUGUUGGGUGGUCAUGGCUCUUUGCAGUUGAUGUACAACGAGUUGCAAGUGCUUUCGCCAUUGGUACCAACUCGGGAGUUCUACUUCCUUCGUUAUUGUCAGCAAAUCGAGCAAGGCCUGUGGGCAAUUGUCGAUGUCUCUUACGAUUUUCCACAAGAUAAUCAGUUUGCAAACCAAUGUCGAUCUCAUAGGCUUCCUUCUGGGUGCUUGAUUCAAGACAUGCCAAAUGGAUAUUCCAAGGUUACUUGGGUGGAACAUGUGGAAAUAGAAGACAAAGUUCCAACUCAUCGGAUUUAUAGAGAUCUUAUUCACAGCGGAUUAGCAUUUGGAGCUCAACGAUGGCUUGCUGCUCUGCAGAGAAUGUGUGAAAGAUUUGCGUGUCUAAUGGUUUCAGGCACUUAUACUAGAGAUCUUGAAGGAGUGAUUCCAUCGCCCCAAGGAAAGAGGAGCAUGAUGAAACUUGCACAAAGGAUGGUGAACAACUUCUGCGCAAACAUUAGUGCAUCCAACGGACAUAGAUGGACCACCCUUUCUGGGAUGGACGAGAUUGGAGUCCGAGUCGCUAUCCAUAAGAGCACCGAUCCUGGUCAACCAAACGGUGUGGUUCUUAGUGCAGGUACUACCAUUUGGCUCCCAUUAUCGCCACAGAAUGUCUUCAAUUUUUUCAAGGAUGAAAGAACUCGACCUCAGUGGGAUGUGCUUUCAAAUGGCAAUGCAGUGCAAGAUGUUGCCCAUAUAGCAAAUGGUUCACAUCCAGGGAACUGUAUAUCUGUUCUUCGAGCGUUCAACACUAACCAGAACAACAUGUUGAUACUCCAAGAGAGCUGCAUAGACUCAUCAGGCUCACUUGUUGUGUACUCUCCUAUUGACCUACCGGCCAUCAACAUUGCAAUGAGCGGUGAGGAUUCUUCCUACAUUCCCCUCCUGCCAUCAGGAUUCACCAUUUCGCCAGAUGGGCGAGCAGAUCAAGGGGAUGGCGCCUCAUCAAGUUCUUGCAAUGCAAAUGGGAGUGGAUCACUAGUCACAGUGGCAUUACAAAUUCUGGUGAGCAGCUUGCCAUCCGCUAAGCUGAACUUGGAGUCGGUAAAUACCGUUAAUAACCUAAUCGGAACAACUGUCCAGCAAAUUAAGACAGCCUUGAAUUGCAAUAGUUCCUGAUGAUGAUCACUCUCUGCUACACAACUGUUUUCUUGUCUACUAUUGAUCUUAAAUAUUUCUGAUAAGAAAUGAUCAGAGGUAUUCAAUGUGGGACAAAGCAUCUGGGUUAGUUGGAAACCUUGAAUGCCCUCUCAUCAAAGACCUGAAGCUGUACAAUUACUUCCACUGUUGCUGCUGCUGCUGCUGAUGGUUCAGAAGAGCUGUGUUUUUGCUUCCAAGGUUCAUUACAAUUUACACCAACUACAAACUUUAAUUUAUUUUGGUGGGGUAGGUUUUUGUUCUGGCUAGUGAUUUUAACACUCGUCUUUUCAAUCUCAUGUACUCCUUCCGUGAGUGCGUAACAAAUUAUAGAGUAUUCAGUAGGGGAGUACGCGUGGUUAGAAGAGGAGUGUUAAAAUCGCUAGCCUUGGUUUUGUUAUUUUGCAAAUUUAGGUUUGGAAAAGUAGAGCAUUAAAAGAGGGAGUCAAGAACGCACCAUACGCGUCUUCUUUCUUGCUGAAUUUCUCUCCGGCAAGAAAAAAAAGUUGUAUGGUUCGGGCAUUGACUUCUUGUUCAUCGACUUAUUUAUCUUAAUUUAAACUAAAUUUGAAUUUUC